AUGAGUCGAGGAGGCACCGCACACGGUAGCGGUGGUGUGCGCAAGAAGACGCGCGCAAACAACAUGGGCAUCCAGUGGUGGCGUAAACUAACGCUUCCGCGCAGAGGCAAAAAAGACUCUAUCCUUUUACCACAGCAGCUGACAGAGUCUCAAAGCGCCCUCGUCGAGCAACGCCGCGCGGCCCUGCGGAAGGCCACGGCCGCUCCGCGCGUUGCCCGGACUAAGACGCUCGCGACAGCGGACUGGGACCCGGAGAUAUGUAUGGCACGCGUUACGGCCGCGAGGGGUAACGCUAUGCAGAGCAUGGGCGUCUACAAAGAUGGAAAGCAAAUGCUCUACCCGGAAGAGGCCCUUUUUCUUGUCGAUAGGGGCGGCCUUGACCUGUGUGUAGGCGGCCUUCCCUGUUCAGUACAACGUGCGUGGGGGAUUGCCAUGGGAGCGAUUAAUUCCUUGUCAUUUGAGGAGUAUCUCGCAUUCGCCUACUUGAGGCGAGCAGGGUAUGUCAUCAGAAGGGUGGGUUUGGAUGAAGAGCAGCAGUUGAAUUCGCUUAAAGUUUCGUUUGCGGCAUGGCGGGUAGGUGCCUUCAAGAGGCGGGACCCAAUGAGACCGAUGUUCUAUGUAUCCGUCUUCAAAUACGAGGAUUCAUUACCGAGUUUCGACGACGUAGCAAAGUUUCUCGAUGGGGCCGGAAAGUCACGGCUAAAGUUUGCGCUCAUCGAUCGAGGCGUGCUCGUUUUAAAAGACGUGGCCGCAAACGCUACCCCUCUGUCAGAACGGUUUAUUAGACGUCUCAGCCCGGAAGAGCGAUCUAAGGCACGAGAAAUAGAAAUUGGAAGCCUUGGAGACUUCAUCACUUCGCCAGUUGGAAAAGGAGAACAGCCGUCUACAGAAAGUGGGGCUUGUGUAGAGGCAACACAGAUACGCGACGGCACAGCAGAUAACGGAUAA